UUUAUUUGGAGAAGUGGCAACGCCGCAGAGGCCGUGCUGGCAUCGCUGUGACUGUCUCUCUUCCCAUUUCGUUUUUGACCAGCAAGUUAACUGGUUCAGCGCUGCUCAAAAUAACAAGAUUUGAAUAUCUCGACCAGAUAAAUUGCUAAAUAAUGGCUGCUGCUCCUAAGGACAUUGAGAAGCCCCAUGGUGGCGAUUCUGCAUCCGUGCACCGCAUCCGUAUCACCCUGACCUCCAGGAACGUUCGCUCCUUGGAGAAUGUGUGCCGUGAUCUGAUCAACGGUGCCAAGAACCAGAAUCUGCGUGUCAAGGGCCCAGUGCGCAUGCCAACCAAGACCCUACGCAUCACCACCCGUAAGACUCCUUGCGGUGAGGGUUCCAAGACCUGGGAUCGUUUCCAGAUGAGAAUCCACAAGCGCAUCAUCGAUUUGCACUCGCCUUCUGAGAUCGUGAAGAAGAUCACCUCGAUCAACAUUGAACCCGGAGUAGAGGUUGAGGUUACCAUUGCCAACUAGAUUCGGCGAAACGAACCGUUCUUCUCAACAAAAAUGCUGAAAAGUUGAGCAUUUGAAUAAAAACCAAACAACUUUUCAUAAAUAAUUAAA